CCUAUAAAUAAGGUUACACGAGACAUUUGCGUUUCGCCAUUCCCAUAAUUACUCUCUGAACAUUUUUUUUUUUUUAAAUAACCAUUCUUAAUCCCGCCACCACGACCGCCGCCGUUGCCACCACCACCUCUUCCGCCUUCUCUCCUCCGUGCAAGUACCUAUGCAUUCUUCUAAACUCUAAACAUAAACAUAAAUUUUGUAGUUUCACCAUUUCUUCAGACCCACUAAAUUUUCCAGAAUUAAAGCAUUAAUCAAAGUUAUACAACAAUCUAUUCAUUUUUGUUAAUUUUUUUGGGUUCUAUAUUCGUUUUGAGGAGAAGGGUCCGCUAAUGUAAUCAUUCAUGGCGGACAUAGUGAAGCAAAUCUUAGCAAAACCAAUUCAAUUUGCCGAUCAGGUGAUAAAAGCCUCAGGGGACACCAGCUCUUUCCGACAGGAAUGCCUCGAAAUCAAGGUGAAAACCGAGAAACUCGCCGGGCUUCUCCGGCAAGCUGCCCGUGCCAGCGGCGACCUGUACGAGCGUCCGACCCGGCGGAUUAUCGACGAUACUGAACAAGUACUCGAUAAGGCCUUAACCCUCGUGUUCAAGUGCCGGGCCAAUGGAUUGAGAAGGGUUUUCACAAUUAUCCCCACAGCAGCAUUCAGAAAAACCUCUCAACAAUUAGAAAACUCCAUUGGUGAUGUUUCGUGGCUUCUUAGAGUCUCGACCCCGGCCGAUGAUCGCGACGAUGAGUAUCUCGGGCUGCCACCAAUCGCGGCAAACGAGCCGAUUUUGUGCUUGAUUUGGGAGCAGAUUGCGAUUUUGUGUUCGGGUUCAUUAGAAGAACGCUCUGAUGCAGCUGCUUCGCUUGUUUCGCUGGCUCGUGACAAUGAUAGGUACGGUAAAUUGAUCAUUGAAGAAGGUGGGGUUGCACCAUUGUUGAAAUUGGCUAAGGAAGGUAGAAUGGAGGCUCAAGAAAAUGCUGCAAGGGCAAUAGGGCUAUUAGGCAGAGACCCUGAAAGUGUGGAACCCAUUGUUAAUGCUGGUGUUUGUUCAGUUUUUGCUAAAAUUCUCAAAGAAGGGCAUAUGAAAGUUCAAGUUGUGGUGGCUUGGGCUGUAUCGGAAUUGGCUGCACAUCAUCCGAAAUGCCAGGAUCAUUUCGCUCAGAAUAAUACGAUAAGAUUGCUUGUUAGUCAUCUAGCGUUUGAGACGAUUCAAGAACAUAGUAAGUACGCUAUUGCGAGCAACAAACAAGCCAUGUCGAUUCACACUGUCGUUAUGGCUAACUCCAGUCCCAUGUUGAAUGAACAGACGAGUACUAACGACGAUGAGUUUCAUAGCGCGAUCUCUCAUCCUACAGGGAAUGAUGCGACAAGCCAAAUGCACAAUGUCGUGGCGAAUACUAUGGCUAUGAAGUCGAACGUGCCCUCCAAUGGGAACGUCCAGCUUCAAGCGAACAAUCCCAAGGCGAAUAAUAAGAACACGAAAACUACUCAAAAUCACGUACAGCAGCAGAGGCACCAAGUUGCAUUGACAGGAACUAGCAUUAAGGGGAGGGAAUUUGAAGACCCUGCUACUAAAGCAGAAAUGAAGGCCAUGGCUGCUAGGGCCCUGAGAUACCUUUGUGCAGGGAACAAUACUAUUUGUCAUAGUAUAACUGAAUCCCGCGCACUUUUAUGCUUUGCGGUUUUGUUGGAGAAAGGCCCUGAUGAAGUUCAACACAAUUCAGCCAUGGCAUUGAUGGAGAUUACUGCAGUAGCCGAGCAAAAUUCAGAAUUGAGGCGUUCGGCUUUUAAACCUACUUCACCGGCUGCUAAAGCAGUAGUCGACCAGUUCCUACGAAUCAUCAAUAAAGCCGACUCGGAACUCCUCAUUCCGAGCAUCAUAUCCAUUGGGAAUUUGGCUAGAACUUUUCGGGCAACUGAAACAAGAAUCAUUGGUCCAUUAGUGCAGCUCCUCGACGAUAGGGAACCUGAGGUUACAAGUGAGGCUGCAAUUGCGUUGAGCAAGUUCGCGUGUACGGAUAAUUUUCUCCAUGUCAAUCAUUCAAAGGCCAUAAUUGAUGCAGGAGGAGCUAAGCACCUAAUUCCAUUGAUAUACUUUGGUGAGCAAAUGGUACAAAUUCCUUCAUUUAUAUUACUAUGUUACCUUGCAUUGCAUGUACCAGAUAGCGAAGCGUUAGCUCAAGAAGACGUGCUCAUCGUGUUGGAAUGGGCGACGAAGCAGAAUCAUCUGAUGCAGGAUUCAGCGAUCGAAAACUUAGUUUUUGAAGGGAAAAAGAGAUUGGAACUCUACCAAUCCAGAGGCUCCAAAGGGUACCUCUGAUUUUGAUCACAUUGUAUAGAUUUGGCUUCUUUAAGGUUAAGUUUUCUUCUAUCUCAUUUGGGUGCAUUACAGAGAGUUAGACUUGUCAAUUGUGUAGCAUAGUAUUUAUCAUUCUUGUGGUUAUUGUAAACAUUCUUUGUUUGAAAUAACAAAAAUAUGUGUCCACUU